AUGAUGGACUCCGACGUCCAGCCUGACCGCAUCAGCUUUUGUGCCUUGCUCAACGCCGCGGCAAAAGCCUCGAAGCCGGCACGUGCAGAGGCGUGGCUCAGCAAGAUGACCGAUCACCAGAUCUCCCCCGACUUGAUAGCCUGCAACGCAUUGAUGUCCGCUAAGGCGCGGCGUGGCGAUGCAGCUGGCGCGGAAGAUGUUCUCCAGGUCCUUCGCACUUCACGGCAGCAACCGGACCUGGUGUCCUACAACACGUUGAUCCACGCCUUCUCGCGGAAGGGUGAUGUGAGUGGGGCACAACGCUACCUUGAAUACCUCCUUCAGGAGGGACCAUCUCCCGAUGUCAUCAGCUUCAACUGUGUGAUGGAUGCUUUCGCCCGUCAGGGCCUUGCGCGCGAGGCCGAUGAGCUCUUAAAUCGGAUGGCCGACCACGUGAAGCCCACGACGAUCACCUACAACGCUGUGAUCAGCGCCCACUGUCGAGCUGGAUCUCUGAACUCUGCGCGCGGGCUUCUCAAGCAGAUGGCCGGGCAGCAGCUGGCUCCCGACACAGACCCCUGA